GUCUCAGUGCUAAGUUUGGUAUUAUAUACCUUACUCUUCUCUUCUCCCUACUUAUAAAUAGACUACCAACAAAGAGGAAUCAGUCCAUUUUAAUCUUUAAUUCUAUCUUUUUCACCAACUUUUCUUUUCAAAAAGAGCCUCUACUCUGAAGAAACAAAGCUGAAAUCUUUUUAGGUGAAUUUGUUGCUAAGAAAGUCUAAAGAAUGAACAUAUCAGCUUCUGAAUGCACUAAUGAGUGUGAAUCUGGUUGGACAAUGUACUUUGAUGAAUUCUCAUAUUCAGCAGAUAAAUGCAAUAGAAUUAAAGGGAGAAAUAAUAUUCAUGAAAUUGAUGGUAGGGGAAAAACAGCAUAUGUGGAUGAAGAAGAUUUGUCUAUGGUUUCUGAUGCUUCAUCUGAUCCACCAAAUUUCCAUGAGGAUAAAGAAUACUACUCUGAAGAAAAUGGACAUGUUUUUUAUCCUUUAGUUUCUGAAUACGCAAUGGCAAAGCAGAACAAGAAAAUAAAAGAGCAGAGUGGAAAACAAAACAAUCUCUGUCUUGAUGAUACUGCUAGUUCUGCAGUUUCCAGCUCCCCUAAGGAUACUACAGGUUUUUAUAAUGAUACUACAACUUACAUGGAGCAAGUUGCAGGCUACUCUGGAACAUAUCCCAAGGGUAAAUCUGUUCUGGGGAAACAUUUUGGUUUCUUGAAAACAUCUCUGAAUGGGAAAGCUUCAUCUGAGAAAUCUGGUUCUUUGAAGGGAAGAAAGAAGGGAUGAGGAUUUUACAAUUAGAGUUCUGAGGAUCUUGUAUUUAUCCUUCUUAUCUUUUUUUUUUUUUAAAUCCUUCUUCUACUUAUUUGUUCCUGUACAUGUAAUGGAAAAAAACCUGAAAGCAUAAAUGUGAAAAAAAAAGAAGAAGAAGAAGAAGAAGAAGAAGAAGAAGAAAAUAACGUCUUUAUUUAAAAUAGUAGCUAAUCUUAAUAAAGGAAUAGGACCUUUUAUCACUGCAAUAGUGCUCAUCAAUGUCUAUCAUUCUUUACCACUAUGCUAUAGUAUCCUCUCUGAU